AACGACGCAGAUCAGCACACGGCCGGAAGCGUGCGUGCUUUCACUUUCGCCGAAAUAAACCCCAAACCCGCGCACGACGCCCGAUAACAUACUUCGAACGAGUUUCUAUUUCCAGCAAACAAAGAACAACGAUAUUUUGUGGCUGUAGGAGGUGUAGUUGAGGGGCAACGAUGAGCGCCUGUCGUGUGAGAACGCCGCACAAAAUUAAGUCACUGAUUAAGGUGACCGGUCUGGGCGCCACCGUCUUCAGUGCCUUUAGUUUGUGUCGCGGCGAUGAAAAGUUCUACAACAACUUGUUCAUGCCCGUCGUACGGUUGAUCCCGCCGGAAACGGCGCACGAUCUGGCCGUGCUGGCGGUCAAGUGGAAGCUGUUUCGUCCACCGUCCCACGACACCGAGCGCCUGCGGACGAAACUUCUCGGAAUGACGUUCGCCAACCCGAUCGGCAUUGCGGCCGGGUUCGACAAGCAUGGUGAAGCGGUCGAUGGCCUGCACCGGAUAGGGUUCGGGUUCGUGGAGAUCGGUUCGGUUACGCCUGAACCCCAGCCGGGUAAUCCGCGACCGCGCAUAUUUCGUCUGAACGAAGAUAAAGCGAUCGUGAACAGGUAUGGGUUCAACAGCGAGGGUCAUAAGGUUGUGUACGAUCGUUUGCGAGAAUCACGCGAUCAACAGUCGCCCGAGGGUCGUGCAGUUCUCGGAAUUAAUUUGGGAAAGAACAAACUGUCCCAGAAUGCAGUUCAAGAUUACGUGCAAGGUAUCAAGCGGUUUGGAGCACUGGCGGACUACCUGGUGAUCAACGUGAGCAGCCCCAAUACGCCCGGAUUGCGUACGAUGCAGAGCAAAACUACUCUUCAGAUACUGCUGAUGGAAGUGCUGCGAGCACGCAAUGAUCUUCCAAAGAGUGACCAAAGGCCGGUACUGCUCAAGCUGGCUCCGGACUUGUCGGAUGAGGAUUUGAAAGAGAUUGUUGACGUCGUCCGCAGUAAGGCGUGCUCCGUCGAUGGACUGAUCGUGUCCAACACGACCAUCGAUCGCCCGUCGACACUGAGAAGCAUUAACGCGGGACAGUUGGGUGGAUUGAGUGGCCCACCGUUAAAGCAACGAUCGACGACAAUGAUCGCCAAGGUAUACAAGCUAACGGAGGGUCAAAUCCCAAUCAUUGGCGUUGGCGGCGUUUUCACCGGCGAGGAUGCCUUCGAGAAGAUUCAAGCAGGAGCCAGCGCCGUUCAGCUGUACACGUCUUUCAUCUUCCACGGCCCUCCGGUGGUGAACAAAAUCAAGCGGGAAUUAGACCGAUUGCUGGAGGAGAACGGUUACGCUAACGUCCAGGAAGCCGUUGGUAAAGGUGCCGAUCAGUUUGUGCAGUGAAUAUGAUUCGCCGUCCAGGCCAAUUA